AUGAGUCUUCUAAAGCUUGGUCAUGAUGGGGACAGUGUUUUCGAUGAAUCCGCAUAUGCGCCUAUUAUUUCCAGCAGCGCCCUAGCACAGCAUCUGAUUCUGGCUGGCAAGGAAGCUCCAAAGAUCUCACAAUUUGGACUCUUGGCCGGGGAUCCACGACUUUUUUUCAAUAUCACUCAUCCCUCAAGUGUCUUCAUAUGCGGCUCUCAGGGAUCGGGCAAAAGCCAUACUUUGUCUUGCAUCCUGGAGAGCUGCCUCAUACCGUCCCACGCUAGCAAGCUGCCUAAUCCAUUAACAAGUGUAGUCUUUCACUAUGAUACUUUCGUCGGUGAUUCAGCGGGCUCUCCCUGUGAAGCAGCCUUUCUAUCCUCGCAUACAGAUGUUGAGGUGAGGGUGCUGUGUUCACCAACUAAUAUUAAUGUCAUACGAAAAACGUACUCAAGUCUCAACGUCAUGGUCAAACCAUUACAGCUCGACCAAACAGACCUGAAUACAAAACGAAUGAUGGACCUCAUGGCCAUUGGACAAGAUGAUGGAUCUGUGCCGCUCUAUGUACACACAGUCAAGCGUAUUUUACGAGAGAUGCGAAGCGCACAACAAGAGACACAGGGUUGUUUCGAUUACAGAAGUUUUAAAGACAAGGUUAUGGAUGCAGGAUUGACUCCAGGUCAGAUGGAACCUCUCAAACAACGACUCGAUACACUAGAGAGCUUCAUGCCUCAGCACCAGGUGUCCCAGGUGCGUCGGAGCAAGAAACAAGGACAGUUAGAAUUGCAAGGCUCAACAUGGGAUCCAGUUCCUCGCAGUUUGACCAUCGUCGACCUUUCUUGUCCUUGUAUAUCCCCCGAGACAGCAUGCGCACUGUUCAACAUCUGUCUUAGCUUAUUCCUCGAGCAAGAUAUGUCUGUCGGCCGAGUAUUCGUACUAGAUGAAGCCCAUAAGUAUAUGAAUUCAUCAUCCGAGGCACGCGGAUUUACGGAGACUAUUCUUUCCGCCGUUAGACUACAGCGUCAUCUUGGCGUCCGCACAAUUAUCUCCACGCAGGAGCCGACUGUGUCGACCGCACUUCUCAAUCUGUGUUCUGUCACUAUUGUACAUCGGUUCACGUCCCCAGAGUGGCUAAGAACAUUGCAGAAACAUCUGGCUGCGGCCUUAGUAAGCCCGUUUUCUCCAAAGAGCAGCGCGAGAAGCCCAUUGGAGAACUCGGAGGAUACUUACAGUGAUCCGGGGUUAGAUUCGAUGUUCGAUAAGAUCGUUCGUCUCAGGGUCGGGGAGGCGCUUCUAUUUGCCCCAAGUGCUGUAGUAAAGGUCAGCAAGGAUGACGAAGGCAGGGUUGGGUUCCACUGGCUUGGGUCUGAAUUUCUGUCCAUCAAAAUCCGAGCAAGGCUUACGACUGAUGGAGGCAAGAGUGUCCUCUCCGCCUAA